UCUUCUUUUUUCUCAUUUACCAAAAAAUUCCCUAUUCAACGCGCUUUCUUCCUUCUUCGCACGUCGUUUGCAAGUUCCAACUCUGUCUCCCCGCUACAGUGCUACCCCUUCUGCAACUCCACCGUCUCAAAAUGGCGUUGAUUCUGGGUUUGGGUUCGAUUCUACUGGGGUUCAGUCUCGGGGUGGUGGCCGUUGUCGCUGCCGAAGCUUUGGGACUGUUAUGGAUCAUGAAGCGGUUGCGCCACAAGCUCAACAAGGACGAAGCUAACCUCUUAUCCAAAACCAAACUGGGUUCACACCAACUUGAUCAUCAACAAUCUCUGCAUUUUGCGUCCAAGAAGCAGGGUGUGGUUUGGGUUAUAGACUCUGGGAAAGUUUCAAAACUGCGGCUGGAUAUGCCAUCAAAAGAGCAAAAAGGAAAAACAAAGAUGUUGGAGGUUUCUCCUAGUAAAAUGUAUGGAGAAAUCAAGGGUCAAUCGCUUACUCUAAGAGAACCGGAUGGUUUGUGCACGACGAUUGGACUCAAGGGCUGCUUAGUUCAAGCUGUGUCAGCAUCAACUCUUUCUUCAAGGAAAUGGGCGAAAAGAUUCCCUAUCAAAGUGGAAAACAAGACUUCUUCUAUGAUAUACAAUGGAAGCAAAACUCUUUAUUUAUAUCUUGAAACUUCAUGGGAGAAAGAAGCAUGGUGUAAGGCGCUCUAUUUGGCUUCAUGUGAUCAAAAAGAAAAAAUCAAAUGGUUUGACCAGUUGCAUGAGGAGUUUCAUAGUUAUUUGACAUCCUUAAAUUCUGUACAUCAGUCUUUUAUGAAACCAUCUGCAGGAUCAAGUGUUGAGGCAAUAGAAAGGGCUAGUAGGUCUGAUGGUUCUUCCUCAAAAGUUCGUCAAUUUUUAAAAAAGGUUGCAAAAAGAACUUCCCGAGUUGGUAUGGAAAAUAAAUUAACUUGGACUUCACUGUCAGGCCAGGAAGGAAAAAAGAACAUCGAGAAGCUUCGUGCUAGCCAAGAUGCAGUUUUGGCCACUGGCAUUUUGAAAAAUGCUUCAACGUCAAAGCAUCUUAAAAAUUCCUUGGUCGAUAAUGCCCCACAAUUAUCUUCAAAAUCAUCUCAUUCUGGAAGCCAGAGUCUUCACUCUGUCAACUCUGAUGGGGAUGCAGAUGAGAAGUUUUGUAUUGAUGAGGGAACAUUAUGUUGGAAUUUGUUGAUUUCCCGACUAUUUUUUGAUGCCAAAGGCAACAUGCUGUUGAAGAGAUCCAUGCAAGCAAGGAUUCAGAGAACAUUGUCCAAUAUGAGGACUCCCAGUUAUAUUGGUGAAGUCAUUUGUACUGACAUCAGUACUGGGAAUGUUCCACCUCGUAUUGCAGGAAUGAGGGUUCUCCCUAUGGAAAUGAGUGAGGUUUGGGCUUUAGAAUUUGACAUUGAAUAUUCUGGAGGUGCAGCAUUAGAGGUUGAAACAAGACUUGAAGCUGGUGAACUAGAGCUCCAGGUUGGGUCCAAAGACUCAAAUCCAAAGCCAAACAACUUUGGGGCUGUACCAUCAGAUCUUCUUGAAGGUUUUCAAUAUUUAGAAAAGGAAUUGAAUCUUGCAGAAAGAGUGAAUGAUUUACAAGAGCAAAAGGAAGAUGCUGAUUGGAGCACUGAUACUUCUAAGAGCUUUAAGAGUACUGUGACUUCCUCAAAUCAUGGAUCACGAUGGAAAUCUGUAUUAAAUUCUGUUGCCAAACAAGUUUCACAGGUUCCUCUCUCUUUGUCAAUACGAGUAGCUUCCCUCAGGGGGACAUUGCGUUUGCAUAUAAAGCCACCUCCCUCUGAUCAAUUGUGGUAUGGUUUCACAUCAAUGCCAGACAUAGAUUUCAACUUGGAAUCGUCUGUUGGAGAACAUAAGAUAACUAGUGGGCACUUUGCUUUAGUACUGGUCAAUAGGCUAAAGAAAGCAAUUUGGGAAACUUUAGUGCUCCCAAAUUGUGAAAGCGUAUGUAUCUCAUGGAUGUUAGCAGAAAAGGAUGACUGGGUUCCUCGGAAUGUUGCUCCAUUCAUAUGGAUUAACCAUGAAUUUGGGAAUGAGACUUCCACUUCAACUGAUACCAAGAAUCAACCUUCUGGUGGAAUGAAAACUUCAAGUAGUGCAAGCACCUCAAGUAAUGGUCCAGAGCAAAAUCUACAAAAACCAGAAACUGCUGAAUCUAGUCCAGAACCAACUAGCAACUCAUCAGGUUCUAUAGCAUUUCCUUUAAGUUCCACUACUCCACUAACACUGGAGAGAAGCAGGAGUUUGGAGGAACUGACAGUGCCUUUAACAGAGAAUGACAAAUUACAAAAAGAAACUAGAUAUUUGAAAGAACUUGGUACACCUUCAUUACAGAAUAACAAACCACUCGAAACUAGUGAACAAAAGGAGGACAAUUCUGAGUUCCAACCACUAGACAGAAGUGUGGUUCCUGAGAAACAUAAUCCUUCUAUUGAACAGGAAGAUGGACUGCUAAAGAAAAUGGGGAGAAAGGAAAGGAUGCUUGAUUUGGGGAAGAAGAUGAGUGAGAAAUUGGAAGAGAAAAGGCGUCACAUUGAAGAAAAAAGCAGACACAUUGUAGAAAAGAUGCGAGGACCAUGAGAAUUGUAAACUAGGUAAAUGGCGGAAUGCACAUACAUAUGUUGUUCAUGAACUGCUGAUCACGUAAUAUGUGGGAUAUCAUGUAUUAUUUCGUUAAUAAUUUGUAUAUUUUCUAGGUGCUUCGAAGAUCAAAUGGAAUUAGAUAUCCAGUAAUGAUCCUAGCAAAGGUAAAAUUGUUAAUUCGUGCCAGGACUUGGUCUUGUAAAUUUGGCAUAGGCAUAGCCACAAGAUACUGUAGGAAAUCCAUUUUGAUUAUUUUCUAUUCAGAUAUAUGCUCACUCA